CCUUAAUUAUCCUGGGGCUCCUUCAUCGUUUCUUUGGGUAAUACUGAUCACACAAUCCUCAGGACUUUCCCCAUACUUUUCCUUCUUCUUCCUCCCUCUCCUUUCUUUCGCUUUCCCAUUUCCGGCCUCUUUCCGUGCCCUUCAUGUUCGUCCGAAAGCAUUCUUGGUUUUUGCCUCUUUGGUGAAAUCGAGUUUGGGGUCGAUUCUUCUCAGACUUUUAUCCGCUUCUGGGUUACCCUUUUGUCUUGUUCUUCUUUCGAGGAGCAUUUCAGCUGGAGAAAAGCUUCUUCUUGAAUCGAAUCGAAUCAAAGCCCACACCUCGAGCUCACCUGGGUCUGUUGCUCGCCUCUUGAACCCUUCUUUGUCCCUCGAUCUCUGUUGGGAAAUCCUUAAUUCGCUGCAUCAAAUAUCAGUGAGGGCGAUUGUUGAGUAAAGAUGGUGAGAGGGAAGACCCUGAUGAGGCGCAUAGAGAAUGCGACGAGCCGGCAAGUGACCUUCUCGAAGAGGCGGAAUGGGCUGCUCAAGAAGGCCUUUGAGCUCUCCGUGCUUUGCGACGCCGAGGUCGCGCUGAUCAUCUUUUCCCCUCGAGGCAAGCUCUAUGAGUUCGCAAGUUCCAGCAUGAACGAAACCAUAGAGCGGUACCACAGGCACACAAAGGACACAAGAACAGGCAACAAAUCAGUGGAAGAAAAUAUGCAGCAUUUGAAGGACGAAGCUGCGAACAUGAUGAAGAAGAUCGAGCUCCUGGAAGAUUCAAGAAGGAAGCUCCUUGGUGAAGGUCUAGGAUCAUGUUCGAUAGAGGAACUGCAACAGAUAGAACAGCAGCUAGAACGGAGCGUUAUCAGCAUUCGUGCUAGAAAGACUCAGGUCUUCAAGGAGCAGAUUGACAAGCUUAAAGAGAAGGAGAAGAUGUUGACAGCUGAGAAUGCAAUCUUAACUGAGAAGUGUGGAAUCAAGCCCCCACAAAGAGCAAAUGAGUGCAGGGAUAGUCCACUUCUCAGAGAGAGCAGCCCGAGUUCGGAGGUGGAGACCGGUCUCUUCAUCGGACCACCAGAGACCAGAUCGAGGCGCCUGCCGUUUCAGAAUUAAAAAUAUAGCCCUAGCCUCUCAAAGUUUCAAAAUGUCACAAGGCAGACGGGCUUUCUCUCUUCUCUCCAUCCCUCCCUCCCAUCAUUUUCUCAAAAAAUUUCAACUGCCACUGAAGCGCUAUCCUAGUGCAAGCAAUAAAUUAGAGCAAUAUCAAUAUGACCAUGUAUCGAUUCUGUUUCAUCAACCUGCGAUGAAAGGAUGACAGAGAAUUCGAUGUUUAAAGUAUUCAGAUAUCACGAAUUUGUCUGCAUUUUUGUGCCAAGAAAGACUGAAGAAUCGAAAUAUAAGAACGCAUAAUGAUAAGUGACAUUGUUAGGUGCU